AUGGCCACGUGGAGGACAGUGGGAGCUUUGCUGCUGAUUCUACCUGCAGUGUUCGGCCAGUCGAGCAUCAGCUGGUGCACCAUCUCAGAUGCAGAGCUGAGGAAAUGUGAGGCCAUGUCUCAGGCAUUCGCCAAAGUCUCCAUCCGUCCAUCCCUCAAAUGUGUCAGCGGUGUGACAGUGGAGGGCUGCGUUCAGAAACUGGAGAGAAAAGAAGCUGAUGCGGUUUCCAUGUUUGGAACUGACAUCUACGAGCUGGGAAAGACCGCCUCCUUCAAGAUGGCCGCCAGUGAAUCAAAGAGUGACCGCACCGGAGCCGCCUACUACGCAGUUGCUGUGGUGAAGAAAGCGGAUUCAGGCAUCAACAUCCACAACCUGGCAGGAAAGAAGAGCUGCCACACUGGGAAGGGCCGGACGGCCGGCUGGAAUAUGCCUCUGGGAUACUUCACGGACCAGGGUUACAUGUCUGUGAUGGGCUGCAAGUUCUCACAGGCUGUGGCAGAUUUCUUCAGCGCGAGCUGCAUCCCCGGCGCCAACGAGGCCGGUGACCCCACGUCUCUGUGUGAGCUGUGCAAAGGAGACGGGAGUGGAACGUUGUUCAAAUGUGACAAGAGCCCCAAAGAGAUAUACUACAGCUAUGAAGGAGCUUUCAGAUGUCUGGCUGAGGGAGCAGGACAGGUGGCCUUCAUCAAACACACAACAGUGGAGGAGAACACUGAAGGUCGAGGUCCAGAGUGGGCAACAAACCUGAAGUCCUCCGACUAUCAGCUGCUGUGUCGCGACGGCACCAGAGCUCCCAUCGCUCAGUGGAAAACGUGUCAUCUGGUCCGAGUCCCUUUCCGAGGCAUUGUGGUCCGCAGUGAUGUCACUUCCUCCGUGGUGUUUAACAUGCUGAAGGAGGGACUGGAAAAGUCGGACUUCAACAUGUUUUCAUCUGCGGAGUACGGAGGAGGAACGGUGCUGUUCUCCGACUCAACCGCCAUGUUUCAGGAGGUGGAGUCAGACGACCCCGAGAGGUGGAUGGGCCGCUACUAUUACAACGCUCUGAAAGCCAUGGACUGUAAACCAGAAGAUAAUCUGCGGUGGUGUGUGUUGUCCGGAGCCGAACAGCAGAAGUGUGCUGACAUGGCCAAAGCCUUCAGAGUCAAAGGUCUGACUCCCGACGUCCAGUGUGUCUAUGGAGACUCCGUGACUGACUGCAUGAGCAGAAUCAAGAACAAGGAGGCUGAUGCCGUCACUCUGGACGGAGGAUACAUUUACACAGCAGGCAAAGACUAUGGCUUGGUCCCUGCUACUGGCGAGAGCUACACAGAGGAAAGUGAUGGCUCCAUAUACUACGCCGUGGCCGUGGUGAAAAAGAGCAGCUUUGACAUCCGUAGCCUUGACGACCUGCGCGGCCGCCGCUCCUGUCACACCGGAUACGGUCGCUCGGCCGGCUGGAACAUCCCGGUGGCAGCGCUGAUAGAGAGAGGCUUGAUCGCCCCUCAGCACUGUGAGAUACCCCAAGCGGUGGGAGGUUUCUUCAAGGAGAGCUGUGUGCCAGGUGCCAAUCAGCCUGGUUUCCCCAGCAACCUGUGUGGCUUGUGUGCGGGAGACGCCUCGGGACAGAACAAGUGUGAGAAGGGGAAGGACCUGUACGAUGGAUACAACGGUGCAUUCAGGUGUCUGGCAAGCGGAAACGGAGACGUGGCGUUCGUCAAGCACUCGACCGUCUUCCAAAACACAGACGGUAACUCUGCGGAAGCAUGGGCAACGAACCUCCACUCCGGGGAUUUCCAGCUGCUCUGUGCUCAUGGCACUAAAGCCGAGGUCACACAGUACCGAAGCUGUAACCUGGCUCGAGUCCCCUCCCACGCUGUGAUGGUCCGGCCCGGCACCAACAUCCACGCCGUCUAUGGACUCCUGGACCGCGGACAGAUUUAUUAUAGCAACGACACAGGUGCUGGUUUCAGGAUGUUUGACUCGCAGGCCUACGAGGGCAGUGACCUCAUCUUCAAAGACUCCACUGUUCGCCUCAUGGGGGUCGGAGACAGGAGGACCUACCAGGAGUGGCUGGGACAGGCCUACAUGGACUCACUGGUCACGAUGGAGUGUAAUUCAUCCACCGCAGUGAUGUCCUCCGUGUGGCUGCUGCUGACGACUCUGCUCAGCCUCAUGAUGACCAACCUCUAGAUAGAAACACACAGAGUGACACAGACAAUCCUCCCUCUAUUCCCCUCCUCUUCCAAUUCUUCCGCUUUUUCCCUUCAUCCAUGACAUGGAUAUCUCCCUUCCUCCCUCCUGUGUCCCCUGGUUUUUAUCUUUCACCACUUCACCACAGUUCAUUUCAGCCACUUCAGCUUUUUUCUGGAGACACACUCCUUCUCUCCUUCUCUCCCUGAAUGUGUUUCUAAUUGUAAAUCUGGAUUUGAAUCGUGCUGCCAGCCAGUGUCAAUCAGGCAUCGCUGCCACGUUGUUUACUGAGGGUGAGCUGCCAUAUCAGUGUGUAUGCUGCCACCUGCUGUUACAUUGCGUUCGUGGGUAUCGGUGCCUGCCUGUCUGUCCGAAGCUUGUUUUACAAAGAGCAGGGUGACCUUAACCUCGCGUGACCAUUUGCAGAGGUUUCAUGUGAAUGUCGAAAUCAGAUUGUUGCUCUGCUGCCACUUGCUCUGUGAGUAAUGGACGAAGCCUUAUCUUAGUUCAGGCUGUGUGUUUCUAAUAGAAGCUAAUGCCAUAUCAGUGAAUAUGCACUAGUGCUGCCUCCACACAGAGCUGUGGUCAGGACGCUGUUAGGAGGAGCUUUCAUCCACAGGCUGUUGGCUUCAUGUGUUCUCCUCAAACGCUUUCCCAUGAAAGAUAUAAAUGAUUUAAUUCAGCAUAAUAAUAAUAAUAUUAAUAAUCAUCCUAACAUCAUUUAUUUUGCACUUUUCUUAUUGCUUUGCAAAAGGAUUAAACAAAAGGGGUAAAUACAAAUAAAUAAUAAAUCAAAUGAAACAUUAAUUUGCAGCCGAUGCUCAUUUAAAGCUUUUGCUGUAUAAUUCUUGAGCCCUUUUAAUAUUUCUUUAGUUCUUCUGCAACCACCCCUCCCCCCAAAUAAAGAAUAUUAGUUUACAGAUUUAGACACAAAUGGAGUAACUCUAGCUCAGUGGUUUGGGGAGAACAUGAAGAAAACAUCCUGUGGGUUUUGUGACAUCCAGCAGUGACUGGCAGUGAAGGUGCAGGUUGAAUGUGAUACAAAUUCUGCAUGUCAAUAUCCUUAUGAUAAUAAAACAGUUAUUCUUAGUUGCAUGUGAUGAAAACACAAUUGUGAAUAAAAUUAAAUACUUUUCGACAAAAUUCCUCCUAAAUCCACAGUUAUAAAGCACUAAUCGCUACUAGACUCUUCUGAUAUCUGAUGUGCUUCCUGCUGCUUGAUGCUGUUUCUGUUGUUUAACUGUUGAUUGGAUGUGUAUUUUCCUAUAUGUUGAGAUUUUCUAUUUUUAUAUGAAGUUCAGGUGCCAUAUCAGUGUAUAUGUACUGACUCAUGCCGUCAGAAACCAAUGUCUCCUUUCCCCCUUGAUAUGGAAUUAUUUCUCUUGUGAAAUGAUGUCACAUGUGACUAAUAUUUAGUUGCCAGGCCAGUGCGUCUGCAUAAGUAUUGAAACAUAAAGCUUUUUUUAUCUGCAAUUUACAAAUGAAAUAAAGUUUAUGCUGCAAAAUUCA